AUGAAACUCAAGGAAUGCCCUCAUGAUCCCGGUGGCUACUUUAUCAUAAACGGCAGUGAAAAGGUAAUCCUCAUGCAGGAGCAAAUGUCAAAAAAUCGUAUAAUCGUUGAAGGAGACACAAGUAAAGGUAUGAUCUGCUCGGUAACUUCGUCAUCGGCUCAAACGAAGUCCAAAACAAACAUCCUCUUGAAAGACGGUCGGUUCUUUCUCCAGCACAAUUCCUUCACCGUUGAUGUACCUAUCGUUAUUCUCUUCAAGGCUAUGGGAAUCACAGCAGACAAGGAAAUCUUACAGUAUGUCGGACGCGAACAGGCAAUCUGGGCAAAGGUUGUACCUAGUCUAAAACAGUGUAUCGAUGCCAAGAUCCACACCACGCAAGAUGCUUGUCGGUGGUUACAGUCCAAGUUACGCCAGCCCCGUUUCAGGCCCUCGCGUUCGACCGGCAAGACUGGUGCAGACAUCACUGAUCGUGAUGUUCAGGUGGACAUUCAGCGCAUGUUGCGUGACAUUCUGAUUACCCAUAUACCCAUGGAGAAGAUGAACUUUUCUGUUCGAGCCCUGUUUCUGGGACAAAUGGUGCGCUAUCUGAUCCUCCUUGCGGAUGGCAAAAUUCCGCGUGGUGGCACGCAUCGAGGCGGCCUCGGCCACCCGCGCCUCUCUUCCCCU